UCGGGCCUCGGGCGGCCCGCGGCAUGGCUCUGCCGGCAGCAGGAGGACGCGCGAGCGGCGCUGCAGACGAGCUGCUCUUUUACGUGAACGGCCGCAGGGUGGUAGAGAAGAAUGCUGACCCUGAGCAGAUGACGUUGUCUUAUCUGAGGAAGAGACUCCGCCUCACAGGAACCAAGUUUGGGUGUGGAGGAGGUGGAUGUGGUUCCUGCACUGUGAUGGUCUCAAGAUACGAACCACUUGCCAAGAAGAUCAUUCAUUAUUCCGCCAAUGCAUGCUUGCUUCCCUUGUGUUCACUGUAUGGCUGUGCCGUGACCACUGUGGAAGGAAUUGGGAGUACAAAAACCAGGAUUCACCCCAUUCAGGAACGGGUAGCUAAAAGCCAUGGCUCUCAGUGUGGCUUCUGCACCCCGGGAAUGGUGAUGUCUGUCUAUGCUCUAUUGCGCAAUCAGAUGGAACCCUCAACAGAGCAAAUCACCGAAGCUCUGGCAGGGAAUUUAUGUCGCUGCACUGGCUACAGGCCCAUUAUAGAUGGCUGUAAAACCUUUUGUAGGGAAUCAUUUUGCUGCCAAAAUAAGGAAAAUGGGAGCUGUUGCUUGGAUGAAGACGAUUACUUGUUACCUAACAAGGAAAAGAAGAUUUGCACAGAGUUGUUUUCAGCAGAAGAAUUUCAGCCUUUGGAUCCCACCCAAGAGCUAAUAUUUCCUCCGGAGCUCAUGCAAAUGGCAGAACGUCAAACAGCACAAACUCUUGUUUUCCCUGGGGAAAGGAGUACGUGGAUUUCUCCUGUAAAUCUCAAGGAACUUCUGGAACUGAAAGCCAAGAACCCCCUGGCACCUCUCGUAGUGGGGAACACUUGUGUGGGCCCUGAUAUGAAAUUUAAAGGGGUAUUUCAUCCACUUAUCAUUUCACCCACGAGGAUAUUGGAUCUACAUGUGGUAAAACACACAGGAAAAGGGCUGCUAAUCGGAGCUGCCUGCAGCCUCACUGUAGUGAAAGAUGUUCUGACAAACGCCGUUUUAGAACUUCCAGCAGAGAAAACGAAGAUAUUCUCUGCUCUUUUGAUUCAGUUAAAAACUCUGGCUGGAGUGCAGAUCCGAAAUGUGGCUUCUUUUGGAGGAAAUAUCAUAAGUAGAAGUCCGACUUCUGACAUCAAUCCUGUUCUAGCUGUUGGAAACUGUGUCCUCAAUGUGGCAUCACAAGGGAGAAUGCGGCAGAUUCCCUUGAGUGACCUGUUUGCUGAUGGACUCGAAAACAACACCCUGGAACCUGAAGAGAUCCUAGUAUCUGUUCACAUUCCACAUUCUAGUAAAGGAGAGUUUGUAUCAGUGUUCCGACAAGCCCAGCGGCGGGAAAAUGCUUUACCGAUUGUUAAUGCUGGGAUGAGAGUCCUGUUUGAAGAUGACUGUAACAUUGUUAAAGACAUCAGCAUCUUUUACGGAGGUGUCAGCUCCACUACACUUGCAGCCAAGCAAACAUGCCAAACCCUCAUCGGAAGACCUUGGAAUGAGCAGUUGUUAGAUGAAGCUUGCAGAAGAAUUCUCACAGAAAUCCGUCUUCCAAGCUCAGCUCCCGGUGGCAAAGUGGAGUACAGAAGGACUCUCAUUGUUAGUUUCAUGUUCAAAUUCUACCUGGAGGUGCUGCGAUCACUGAAAACAAUGUAUCCAAAUCAGUUUCCUGACUUUCCAGAGAAUUAUGCAAGUGCCCUUGAGCAUUUCCACUCCAAAAUACCUCAGAGUAUGCAAAUGUACCAGGAUGUGGAGCCCGAACAACUUCCCCAAGACCCCGUAGGCCGCCCGAUCAUGCACCAGGCUGGUCUGAAGCACACCACGGGGGAAGCCCUUUACUGUGAUGACAUCCGUGCCGUGGAUGAAGAACUGGUCCUGGCUCUAGUAACCAGUUCCAAAGCCCACGCAAAGAUUGUAUCAAUAGAUGCUUCAGAGGCCCUCAAGAUGCCCGGGGUGGUUGACGUUGUCUCUGCUCAGGAUGUCCCAGCCACGAAUGAGUUUUAUAACUAUGAUGUCCCAGACAUUAUAUUUGCCAGAGAAAAGGUGAAUUGUGUGGGCCAGAUAGUCUGUGCUGUGGUUGCAGAUUCAGACAUUCAUGCCAAGCGAGCAGCUGCCAAGGUGAACAUUCAGUAUGCACCGGAGGAGCCGGUCAUCCUGACCAUAGAGGAGGCGAUAGAGCACAAUUCAUUCUUCAAGCCGUCAAGAAAACUGGAACAUGGGAAUGUGGAUGAAGCAUUUAAAACUGUCGACGACAUACUGGAAGGUGAGAUCCGCAUUGGGGGGCAGCAGCACUUUUACAUGGAAACUCAGAGUGUUCUCGCCGUUCCAAAAGGAGAAGAUAAAGAAAUGGAUAUCUACGCCUCAACACAGCACCCGGCAUUUGUACAGGAAUUGGUGGCAUCGUGUUUAGGUGUCCCCAGCAGUCGGAUUAUGUGCCACGUAAGACGAAUCGGAGGAGCUUUUGGUGGGAAACUGCUGAAAACAAGCCUGCUGGCCUGUGUUACGGCUGUGGCGGCCCACAAGACGGGCCACGCAGUUCGCUGCGUUCUGGACAGAGGCACUGAUAUGUUACUCUGUGGAGGCCGGCACCCUGCCAUUGCCAAGUACAAAAUCGGCUUCAUGAAUGAUGGCAGAAUUUUGGCUGCAGAUGUCAAUGUGUACAUUAACGGAGGAUGUACUCCUGAUGAUUCUGUUUUGGUUACAGAAGUAGUUCUAUUAAAAUUGGAUAAUGCCUACAAGAUCCCAAAUGUGCGAUCGUGUGCUCAUGCUUGCAAGACGAACCUGCCAUCCAACACAGCUUUCCGGGGAUUUGGCUUCCCACAAGGAGGACUGGUUACUGAAGCCUGGAUAACACGUGUGGCAGCCAGAUGUGGUUUAUUACCUGAGCAGGUUAGGGAAAUAAACAUGUACAAAGAAAAUGGACUGACUCCUUAUAAACAAGAGCUCAGGCCAGAGAACCUGCUUAGGUGUUGGAAUGAAUGCAUGGGGAAAUCUGAAUAUCGCAGCAGAAGAGCGGCUGUGAAUGAAUUCAACAAGCAAAAUUACUGGAAGAAAAAAGGGGUGGCCAUUAUACCCAUGAAGUUUCCAGUUGGUUUUGGCUUACGUGCUCUAGGACAGGCUGCUGCGCUGGUGCAUUUACAUACCGAUGGGUCCGUGCUCUUGACACACGGCGGCGUAGAAAUGGGACAAGGACUUCACACUAAAAUGAUUCAGGUUGCUAGCCGAGAAUUAAAGAUGCCAAUGUCCAAUAUCCACUUUUGCGAGACAAGCACAACAACAGUCCCGAAUGCCUGUGCUUCAGUCGGAUCUAUGGGCACUGAUGUCAACGGAAUGGCAGUGAAGAACGCAUGCCAGACUCUUCUAAAGCGCCUUGAAUGUAUCAUUUCUCAGAAUCCGAAGGGCUCGUGGAAAGAAUGGGCUAAAGAAGCUUUUGAACAGAGCAUUCAUCUAUCAGCAACAGGUUAUUUCAGAGGUUACGAUGCAGACAUGGACUGGGAGAAAGGGGAAGGCCGCCCAUUUGAAUAUUUCAUUUUUGGAGCCGUUUGCACUGAGGUUGAAAUAGACUGUCUGACUGGAGAUCACAAGAAUAUCAGAACAGACAUUGUUAUGGAUAUUGGGUGCAGCAUCAAUCCUGCAGUGGAUAUCGGUCAGAUUGAAGGUGCCUUUGUACAAGGUCUUGGGCUUUACACAACGGAGGAAAUCAAAUACUCCCCAGAAGGAGUCCUCUACACGCGAGGCCCAGAUCAGUAUAAAAUUCCUGCAGUGUGUGAUAUCCCGGAAUAUUUCAGCGUCUCCUUGUUGGCCUCUUCCCAAAGCACAACAGCAAUCUACUCGUCCAAGGGUCUGGGUGAAUCGGGGCUUUUCCUUGGGUGCUCCGUGUUUUUUGCCAUAUGGGACGCAGUGGCUGCUGCGAGAAGAGAAAGGAGAUCGCCUGGGGAUUUCGUGCUGAACAGCCCCUUGACCCCUGAACGCAUUCGGAUGGCCUGUGUGGACCAGUUUACCGAAAUGAUCCCAAAGGAUAAAAAUAAGCAGACUCUUUCUUGGGCCAUCUCCCUGUAAACGCGACACAAGAACAGAUACAAAGGACCUACAAUGGCGCCGACUUCUUUGACUAACAUCUCCCAACAAUCAAUCAAUGCGGGUCUUUUUAACUGAGUACCUACUUUCUCAUUGAGGGAGAAAAAUACUGCGAGCUUCAUAUUCCAUCUCAGGAGAGUCAGCUUCCUGCAUUUUCAGAUAAUAUGAUACUAGAGGAUUACAGCUUAAUGGGUUAUAUCAGCUCCCAUACUAUACAAUGGUCUGCGAUAGUGGAAUAUUCAGUCAACAUCUCCAGAAUAUGAGAAAAAGUUGUUUUAGGGUUGCUGAGUGAUAAAAACUGUAUUCAAGUGAGAAUAGCAUGGUGUGCCACAGGUUUCUGUAAUGUUCCAAGCCAUGUGGGGGCUGGGUGUUAAGACUGGGCUUAGGCUGGAGUAACUCUGCUUAGGGUUGCAGUGUUAGUAUCUUUCCAGAACCUCAAGAGGCAGAUGUGCAAAACAAGAGCAUGGAAGGAUUUGUAAAUAACUCUUUUUAAUACAAUUUAUUUUAUUUCGAAAAACAAAAUAAUAGUAAGAGGGGAUACAGAAAGAAAAAAGGAGAUUAUAUAACAGUUAUGUAAAUCAGAGAGAGUUAUAUAUAACAAAAUACAUACAACAGAAAAUGUUUCUCCCCACCAUUCCCUUCAUUAAAUUUCUUAAAGACACUUUCUAUAAGAUACAAUAAUACUUAUAUUAAAAUACAUUUAUAUUUAACAUUUCAGCUACAAAUUUGGUAACUAAUGUGUUUUACGGAUGGCCUUAGUUAUUCUUGAUUUUCAGCUACAGUUGGUGAAAGACCAAGAAAAAGGCCUUGGGGCUGUGGGGGGUGGGGGGAGCUUGUUGAAAAUGGGAACUGAGUGUCCGGUUGUGAUCAAAAAGGCAACUUCCACGGUAGUGAUAAUCAGGAAAGGGACCGAGAAACUGCAUGUGUAGCUAUGCCCUAAUGGAAGUUGCUGGUGUGGCUCCAUUUGGACUUUUCAGUUUAGAGAGAGACAUGAUACUAGUGGUUUAUAAAAUUAUGCAGGGCCUAGAGAAGAGAAGAGAGGCCAUUUUCUCCUUCUUCCGUUAUACUUUAUCUCAAGGGGAGCCCAACGUGGUUGAUUCGGAGCAGCUCCAUUGGGCACAUCCCACUCGACAGGGCUGGCCUCCCCCGCCCAGCCACACACGUGUGGGGGCGAAGGGGGUGGCCUGCUCCCUGACUCUGACUCCCCUGUUGCCCAAACGAUCUCUCUAUGCAGAUGGGGGGGCAGCCUGGUGAAACCUGCUCCCAGGUGUGCCCUGCUGGGCAGGUCCUCACGGGGAUCUCGCUCUGGCGGUUGCCACGACUGCCACCUGCAGGGGAUGAAGGGGGCGCUGUCUUUAGAUGGCUUCAUGGGGCACCAUAAGGCUAUUUUAUUUGACAGAGCUUUUAAUGGGGUCAAAGCUGCAGUCAUUUUCUUCGAGAGACGUGUUAACGGGUUUGACUGUAUUGUAUAUGUUUUUAAUUUGGAAUAGUAAGCUGCUUUAAACAGCAAGAGAAGGGCAAGGUAUAAAUAUUGCCGUAACUAACAAACAAAAUAAAAGGCACUGUUAGUGUUGUG